ACGACAGCACAACAUGUCAUAAAUGGUUUUCUUCUGAUAAAAAAUAUUUUAAUUUAUUUGGUGUAAAAUAAAAUUUCAAGUUACAUCGUAAACAUGACGCUAAUAAAUUAAAUAGGCCUCACCGAUAAUUUUUCACUAUUCUUCGUUGUGUAAGGAGUGACCAGGGCUGGUGGACUCAUGUUGAACCGGGAGUCGACGGCCCAGCUCGUGGUGAUGUCGUCCAACAGCAAGGAGCUCUCGCAGGAGGCGAAACAAAUGAACGACGACAUCAUCCAGUUCAUGCGCAAGCGCAGCCGCGACCCGCUGUGCGGCGCCAAGUACACCACUCUGGUGCACCUCGAGCGCAAGCGUCAGAAGGCGCUGCGCGCGCGCCGGGAGCCCGCGCUGCGCCCCUCGCUGUACUCCAGCAAGAAGCGAGGCGAGGAGCAGGACGAGAGGAGCCCACCCUCGCCUGAGGAGCCAGCUCCAGUGGAGCGUCGCCGCUCGGAGCAGCACUCGCACUCUCGCACGCUGCACCACUCGCACCACUCGCACGAGCCGCCGGCGGACCGGCGGCGCGGCGGCGACGACGGCGGCGGCCGCGGCUGCCGCCCCAAGAAGCCCAAGUGCGGCAAGUCGCAUCGGAGGCGAUCGUCGCAUCGCGGGCGCGACGGCUGCAAGAAGCGUCGCUCGAGCCGACGCCGCUCCAAGUGCAAGCCGAAGCGUCGCCGCUCCAAGAACCGCUGUGCCAAGAAGCCGAAGCGCCACCGCUGCAAGCCGCGCCCCAACAAGUGCAAGCCGAAGAAGAAACGCCGCUGCUAAAUGCAACAACUGCAGAGAGAAAGCCAACGGUUGACACGAGAGUUAUUAAGGAAACAUGCCAACGGAGAUGCAAGCGUUUCCACCGGCGCCGCGCGAGCUGAGGUGGAUAGCAACUUCAAACAUUGAACUUUUCGGAUUGAUUAACAUAAUGCUAAUCUACGUCACAUGUCCAAGUGUUCGUUACAAAGUUUAUAGUAUUUUAUCUUGUAUUUUUUAUAGUAAUGAAGUUUUUAUAGUCAUGUCUACGAUAUUUUUAAAUUUUUGGCGGUCUAAAUUAUUAUUAGUCUAAUUUUUAAUAAACAUUUUUAUGAUUA